AUGCGCUUAAAAAAGACGUGGAGCAAAUGGCCGAGUAAACGGGAAAAUGUCACGUAGCAAAUGGCCGUUCGCUUCUCUUUCUUGCUAGACCACUGAUAGCCGAAUCCUCCUCAACUCCUCCUUUUCCCCGCCCCAUAUCGUCAAUCGUGACGACAGUGGGGUGUCUGCAGCCGUGGGAACGAGCCACGACCAAAAACUAUGCCGCGGGAAAAGAUGGCCUCUCGCAUCCAAAUUAUUGCAAAACAGGCCCGCAGUACUUUUAAAAAUUUAGGUUCUGAGCAUUACGACAAUAACAAGGUAUUCCUAGCCAACCUAACUAAACUAAAAAAUCUUUUAACUGAGAUAAGAGCUCAAGAUUUGAACAUCGAGCCGAGAGUAGCAGAUCCUGUUCCUGUGCCGUCCAGCCCCCCGGUUACAUAUAUGCAGAUCUGUGAAAAUGAUGUGUUCAGCAUGGGCGUAUUUCUGUUAAAAAGUGGAGCUUGCAUCCCCCUACACGAUCACCCCGGUAUGAAUGGGAUGUUAAAGGUUUUAUAUGGCAAAGUUAGAAUCAGUUGUUUUGACAAAUUGGAUAAACCUUCUAAUGUGAAAAAAGAAAUUGCGUUUAAUCCACCACUGCUUCCGUAUCAGGUAGACAUUUUGUGGAGAUCUGUGUUUAGAUCUGUUGGAGAGUUCACAGAGUCGUGUGGCCCUUGUGUAUUGGGUCCCCAGAAAGAUAACCUCCAUCAGAUCACUGCUGUGGAUGGGCCAGCUGCAUUCUUAGACAUUUUGGCCCCACCAUAUGAUCCAGAUGAUGGCAGGGACUGCCAUUACUACAGUGUCAUUCAACCAGCUGCUGAAGAAGAUGCUUCUGUUCAUGGAAUCCAACAGGAGCGAUGGUUGCUUGAAAUACCUCAACCAGCAGAAUUUUGGUGUGUUGGAGAGUCCUACCCUGGUCCAAAAGUUACAAUUUAAACCUUUUCCCAAUGUUUUCAGCUGUGAUAAGUCUGUAUUACUUGUUAUGCCAUUGAAAAAAUGUAUAACUGUUGCAGAUCAUUUUGGAUCUAAUGGAAUAACUCUUCAUGAGACCAGUUUCAGUGGAUAUGUACAAUACAGAACAACACUUGCUGAGGUGGGCAGCAGUUCAUGUCCUCACCAUUUGUGAUGCAACUCAUUCUGUCACCUGUUGAGGAUUCAGAGCACAUCUAUAGCAGCCAUAGUAAAUGCUCUUGACAGUUCAGUGUUUCCAAGUAACUGUUAAAACAGUACCAUGGACUGUAACUGAAAUAGUCAUUCUAGUUUUGUGUCACAGCUAAUUUAUUGGAAUUAUGCCUUUUUCACUAAUUGGCAGUUUCAUAGUGAGUCAGUAAAUAAAGCAUAUAUAAGUUCA